CCAUCAUCUCAUCAUCACUCACCACCACAACCACCCUCAAUCCAUUUCUUCCCUUUUCGGUCGUCUUUUAUUUCUUUGAUUCCCUUGAUUUCAUUCGUACAUCAGGACUCCCAUCAGCCUUCCAAUCAACUAAACCCCAGAAAACCCAACCCAAUCCAAUCACUCAAAAUGGUCUCCUUCACCACCAUCGCCCUCCUCGGCGCCUUCACCCUUGCCUCCGCCCUCCCCACCGCUACCACCCCGCAAGCCGCCUCGCCCGCCCUCGCCCGCCGCUCCGGCGCGACGCACCGCGUCGAGGCCGGCUUCGCGGGCACGCUGCGCUUCGAGCCCGAGAACAUCGUCGCCGAGAUCGGCGACCUGGUCGAGGUGCACUUCGCGCCGGCCAACCACUCGUUCGCUCAGUCGUCCUUCGCCAAGCCCUGCGUGCCCAUCGACGACAACGCCAUCUUCAGCGGCUUCCAGCCCGCGACCAAGGGCGUGCAGGCUGAGGCGCCGAACGCGUUCACCAUCGAGAUCACGGAUAAGCUGCCCAAGUGGUUCUAUUGCUCGCAGACGAAGGGGAAUCAUUGCCAGAUGGGGAUGAGCCUUGUGAUCAACCAGAACUUCGACGGCGGUGCUACCCUUGCGCAAUACAAGAAGAUGGCGGCGUGGACGGGGGUGUCGGUUUCGCCGCCUAAGCCCGGUAACGGUGGGACGCUUGCGCCGCCGAGCAUGCCGUUCAACGGGAAGGCAUAAGCAUCCAUAUCUAGGGCACAGGAAAGGAGCUAUGAUGGGUUUGAGCAUUUGGAUUUUCUGCAUUAGCGAUGGUUUGAUGGAUGGCGUUCUGGAUGGGUUUUACUCGCGGAUUUGGGAUUCUGAGUGUAUUCGCUUCAUGCCGACCUUCGCUUUUGAUGUAAUGGGUAAUUGUAGGCGCUAUUGCUACGAAACUUCUUGAACAGAAUAUACUGGCGCUUGACCAGGUUUUUAUCACACG